AUGGUCAAUAAUGGGUUUCCCAGCAAAGCCUGCGCCAACUGUCAGAAAAGAAAGAUCAAGUGUGAUCAAAGCAAACCGGCAUGUCACCAAUGCGUCAAGGCUCACUGGUCUUGCCCUGGUUAUCGGUCAGGCGUCGACCUCUGUUUUCGUGAUGAAACCAAAGGCGUCACACGGAAAUACCAGGCCUAUCGACCAAAGCGUCCCCGCAUGUCGGCAUCGGAUGCAAGCUCUGGAGAAUGUUCCCCCAAUUCGAAUGCCUUGAGUCCAGACGUAUCACCGAGCAGGCUGGACAUGGACGUGAUGACGCGAGCAGUAUCGUUCUUCUUUUCUCAAUAUGUUCACCGACCCCUGGCAUCCUCCGAGAGAUUCCAACCUGGACCCUUCGAAUACCUGCCAUCUCUGUACGCACGGAGUCAGCCGGACGGUCCCUUGGUUACGAUCGCGCAUGCUGCUGCGCUCGCCAGUUUUGCCAACGCUGGGAACGUUCCGAGUUGGAUGCAGCAAAGUCACCGUUUGUUCGGGCUGGGGAUUCUGAAAUGUAGACAUGCACUUGCGAACCCGGUAGAUGCAAAGUCAGACGACGUCCUUGCCAGCAUUAUGCUUCUAGGGAUAUAUGAGACUAUUGCCCUUAAAGGACGAGAAACUAUGAGGGCUUGGAGUCAGCAUAUACUUGGCGCAGCAGCCCUGAUCGAUUUCCGUGGUCCAAGCCAGUUCCGAGACAGGGUUAGCAUUCAAAUGUUCCUGCAGAUUCGGCGCCUCAUAGUCCUUUCAGCAUACCAACUCCAGAAACCUGUGCCUUUCUCUCUGAAGAAGUGGUCGACAUGGUUGGAAUGCGCCGAUGUUGGAGGAAAUUGCGAAGUUGUCCAUCUUUCUAAUCGACUUUCGGAGAUUGUCGAGAUACUUGCAUCUGUUCGGUCACUGAUCAGAGCAUCCCAGACGCGAGAUAUUAUUGCCGUCUCAUCCAUGCUUCUACCAAUCGAUAGCAUGCUCCAGAGCUGGCAAGACCAGCUCCCCAUGUCCUGGGGGUCCAGAUCUGAUCCCGCUCGCUGUCUUGAGGACUGUUCCCUACACAGUCAUUUCGAAGGAAUGCCAUUUGAGGUCUAUCCCGAUCUAUACAUUGCCUCGCUCUGGAACAACUACCGUGGCGCCCGUAUUUUAAUCCACGAAACGCUUUUGUCCAUGGCAACCUCCGCUUCCAACACAACCACAUUCGAUACCAAGCAACUAUGCGCAACCAUCAAUCUCUUGCGCCAGAUGACCGCUGAAAUCUGCCUGAGCGUUGACUACCAUCUGAGACCAGGCCCGAAUGCCUCACCAUACAACUCUAGUUGUUAUCAGAAUGAAAUAGCCACGGACUCAAUUCCAGGUAGUGAACUUCUUCUCUGGCCCCUCUUCAUGGCUGAGGAGCCUCUGCAUGCUACAAAUAGAAGGCAGCUCCUUGAAAUCAUCGAUGUCGACAUAUACAACUCCAGUGGCUAUUCUUGCUACGUCAAGAGCCAAAGACGAGCCAGCAACUUUAGUCGGUUUUCCUUCGCUGAGAAUAUGCUGCUCUCGUUGCUUGUGGCUGCGAUUCUCGACUUCUGCUGGGUUACGCAAAGUGUCAAGUUGCCUGUCGUCGACCUUGGGUAUGGGCUCCAUCAGGCAAUAGCAUACAACGACUCUUUGGACUUUUAUAACUUCUCCAACAUCCGAUAUGUUCGUGCUCCAACCGGCAAUCUUCGCUUCACGGCUCCCCAGCCUCCAUUGGCGAACAGAACUGUUCAGAACGGCAGCUCCGGCGGGACCUGCCCUCAGUCAUACCCUGUUUGGUAUCUCUGUGGCUUGGCUCUGCUCAGCGGCUCCAUCAACUCCACCGAUGCAUGUGAUGCUAGCCUCAUUCCCAAGCCUGACUCCACAGAACGAGAGGAUUGCCUGUUCCUAGACGUCAUCGUUCCCAAACAGAUUUUUGCCGACGCCAGCACAAAACAGGCUACAGGAGCGCCGGUGAUGGUUUGGGUAUAUGGAGGUGGAUUCACUUUUAGCAAGAAAUAUGAGGAUGGAAAUCCCGCUGGCCUUAUCCAGAGAAGCCGGGAAGAAGACCCCAGUGGCAAAGGGGUUGUCUACGUCACCUUCAAUUAUAGGGGUGGUGCAUUUGGGUUUCUGUCAGGACCUAACGUCCAAUCCAAUGGGACGGCGAACGCUGGUCUGCUCGAUCAGCGAAUGGCGCUCGAGUGGGUGCAGCACUAUAUCCAUCUCUUCGGAGGCGAUCCAAAGCAGGUCACCGUGUUUGGACAAUCCGCUGGUGCCGGGUCCAUCAUGCACCAGAUCACAGCAUAUGCAGGCCUGAAGGGUCCUGCGCCUUUUCGGAGAGCAAUUCUGCAAUCCCCCGGAUUUGAACCAUUCCCCAGCCACUGGGAACAGGACAAUCUGUUGCACAAAUAUCUCGGACUCCUCAACGUGUCGACGAUCCAAGAAGCUCGCCAACUUCCGUUCGCUUCUCUCUCGGCCGCCAAUGUGGAACUCGUUGCGGGAUCGCCGUAUGGGACGUUUACUUUUGCGCCUGCGGUCGACGGGGAUUUCGUACCGUCGCUGCCAGGCAACCUGUUGGCACAGGGGAACUAUGAUACGUCGGUACAGAUCAUGACGGGCUUCAACGCCCACGAGACGCUCUACUUCACCGACCCGGACAGUACCAACAACUCCAUCUUCGUGUCCAGCAUCUCUAGCACGUUUCCCGGCAUCCAGCCCUCGGUGGCCAACUACGUCGCCCAGGACCUCUACCCGCCGAUCUUCAACGGAAGCUACCCUUAUGCGUCGUUCUAUGAGCGGGCCGAGCUGACGCUGCAGGAAAGCGCCUUCACAUGCAACACGUUCUUCCUCCAGGAGGCCGCGAAGCUGGCGGCCGGGUACGGAUACCGCUUCAGCGUCCCGCCUGCCUACCACGGCCAAGACGUGGCCUACACGUACUACAACGCCGCUACGGCGGGCCACGGCGUGAACGCCACGAUCGCCCUGCUCAUGCAAAGGUUCUUCACGCGCUUCGCGCUCAGCGGCGACCCCAACCGCAAGGGGGACGCGGUCACGAUCCCAGUGUACCAGCCAUCCGACAAGAUCCUGGACCUGAACGUGACGGGCCUGGACGUGGUCGCGGAUCCCAACGACAACGCCCGCUGUCGGUGGUGGCAGAAGUCUCUGUACUACUGA